UGAACGUCAAAUGUAAUAACGAUUCAUCAUUUUUUUGGUCUGUUAUUUUUAAUUUCGAAGGGAAUAAUAUAAUUUAAGGGAAAGUAAAAUAAUACAUUAUUGAAAUGGGGGCGAUAAUAAGUACUCUAUCAAAUAUUUUGUAUUUAUCUGAAAAAGCCUUUUCCCAACUAAGUAUCGGGGUCGGACUGCAGUCUAACUAGAUGCAGCUGAGUAUGUUUUACAAGGAGCGACUGACCUCAACCCAGUUACCUGGGCCUUUGGGUCACAUUAUAUUUGACGUGUACAGGAAUAAUAGCUUGUUUGGUGAUCAUGUUUAUUGUCAGUUUGGGAAUGGGCAUCGGUCUCGGAUACAACUACUGCUUCGUGGAUCUGAAGACGAAAUACAAAUAUGUACCACCACGUAAACAGUGGAAGGGCUAUUAUGGAUCUGGAUAUUAUGGACAUAAUGGACCUCAUAGACCUUAUGGACCUAAUGACCCUAGAUAUUAUGGACCUCAUGACCCUAGAUAUUAUGGACCUCAUGACCCUAGAUAUUAUGGACCUAAUGACCCUAGAUAUUAUGGACCUGGAAAUCGUGGAGCCCGCCGUAGCUUCCCUGACAACCCCGGAAACCAUUCAGCAGAAGGAGAACUUGGUCCCAUGACACAAGAUAAAGAAGAUGUAGAAGACGAGAGUUUAAGAGUUCGGAUUACACCAGAACAAGACGUAACGAAGGGCCCAACUUUCCUUAAUCAGUCGGCGGUACAGCUGGGCAAUAAUGCGACUCAAUUUGUUUUAUAUAAUAUUUCGAUACCUUAUGAUAAUGAUGAUGAUGACUUCACAGUUGCUCCGUCAAACACAAUUUCCAUUGCUAACACCUCACGCAAUCAGACGGCGGAAGCUGACGAAACUACAACUGAGGAACCUACAACUGAUGAACCUGCUGAGGGUGCCGAAGAUGAUAGUGAGACUACUGUUUAUAGUUCAGACGACAAGAUUAACCAACUGGACGAGGCUACCUCAGAGGCUCCGACUAACAGUAAUGAUCCCAACAAUAGAAGAGUAAAGAAACUCGUUAUACCAAUUAGCGGUUUGGACUUGAUUAGUCUUCUAUCCAAACUAAAAGCCGAAAACAAAAACUAUUCACUUCAGAUUGUUACAACCUGAUAAUGUAUGUAUAUUUUUUAAGCUAUUUACAAGGUUUUUGAUUAUAAUGUGAAUGUGUUAAUGUCCUAGAUACUACGUUUAUAUAAUUUAUAUGAGUUAUUUAGUUCAUAUUAGAUAGAUCCGUUUGUAUUGAUUAUAAUUUGUUGAUUUAUUAUUUUACUAUUACUGUAUGUUAACAUAUAUUUUUAAUUUUUA